UUGUCGGCGUUAUGGACCGAACUUUUUUUAAACACUCUUAAAAGCAAUCACAAAUGAAAAAGAAGUGCCCUCAAUUUUACGAUAUUAAUAAGAAUAUACAUAAAGAUGCACGUUCGUGUGCGCAUGUUUGGUAAACCUGAUACUAUUGUUGUAGUAGAAUCAAAACUUACGAAGUUGCAACAGUUUCGACGUAUUAUAAAAGAAAAAUUUGAUGUCGAACCAAAGUUACAACGGUUAUUUUACGGCGGAAAACUGCUAGAAGAUGGUUACACAUUUCAUGACUAUAACAUUAAACUGAAUGAUGUAAUCCAGCUCAUUGCUGUACCCCAGACUGUUGAAAGUGAAGAUGAAAAGAAAUCACUUGGCAACCAAGAGCAAGUAAAAGAAUCCGACUUUGAGGAGAAAACAAUAGUUUAUACGGAUGUUACAAGUACAGUCUAUGCAGUUGGGGAUUUAGUUGAUGUCAAAGACAGAGAACAGGGUGCCUGGUUAGAAGGUAAAAUAAUUAGGAUAGUCCUAGAUCCUAAAGUAAAUUAUGAAAAUGAACAAAACAAGGAAGAUUUAAAUAGUAGUUUGGAUAAUAAAAAUGAUCUUGAAAACAAACCACCAAGUAAUAUCUCUGAACAGUCAAACACACAAAAGAUUGGUAUUGCUAAAUAUUUUACAAAACAGACAAAUGGAAAGAGAUUGUCUAAGGAUUUUAAGGUAAAAACAGUAAAAGUUACAGCAGAGAAUGUUCUGUAUAAGGUGCAAUUAGAUGAUGAUGAAGAAGAUUCUGAGUUGUUUUGUAAGCUCAAAGAAAUAAGACCCAGAGCUCGGCACGAGAUUGAUGUCAAGGAUUUAAAGCCUGGACAAAAGGUCAUGAUAAAUCACAACACUGAUGAACCAUUGGAAAAAGGAUAUUGGUAUGAUUUCAAAGUAGAUGAAAUAAAAAAAUUGAGGACAAGCUAUGAGAUUGUUGGAACUUUGUACCUCGGUCCAGACUCAGUUCCACAAAAUGACACUAAAGUUAAAAUCCAUGAUAAAAUAUUUACUAUUGAGGAACCAGUGCCCUUGGAAAAGAGAACUGAAGAUUAUCUUAAGUCAAUACAAGAAACACCGGCAGCCAGAUCUAAACCACUGAAUUGCUUAAAAUGUAGAGACAAUGAAGAAGAACCCUGCAAGGAAUGUGGAUGUUAUUUAUGUGCCCAAAAAAAUGAUCCAGAUAAGAUAAUUCUGUGUGAUGAAUGCCACAAUGGUUACCACAUGGUAUGUCUGAAGCCCCCGCUGACCGUGCUACCAGAUGAUGACUGGUAUUGUCCAUCAUGUAAGCGGGAUCCAAACGAUGUCAUAGCACCCGGUGCAUCCAAACAAGCAAAAAAAUCCAAUACUUCUAAGACUAACAGAGAUUGGGGCAGAGGCAUGGCAUGUGUUGGAAAAACAAAAACUUGUCCAAUGCCCCUAAACCAUUUUGGCCCUAUACCUGGAAUAGAAGUUGGAAUGUGUUGGAGAUUUAGGAUACAGCUUUCUGAAUCAGGAGUGCACAGACCACCAGUUUCCGGAAUACAUGGCCGGGACAUUGAAGGAGCCUACAGUAUAGUGCUGUCAGGUGGAUAUGAAGAUGAUGUCGACAACGGCUAUGAGUUCACUUAUACUGGUAGCGGUGGAAGAAAUCUGUCGGGAAACAAGCGAACCGCUGAACAAUCAUGUGAUCAAACUCUUACUAGGGAGAACAAAGCGCUGGCUCGCAACUGUGCCGUUGAUAAGGUGAGUGAGGACGGUGGGGACGCUGGGGAUGAUUGGCGCAGAGGAAAACCAGUGAGGGUAGUCAGAUCCUGCAAGAUGAUGAAACACUUUCCGAAAUAUGCACCUCAGGAAGGAAUACGAUACGAUGGUAUCUACAAGGUGGUGAAAUAUUAUCCCGAAAGAGGUCUAUCCGGGUAUAUUGUGUGGAAGUACCUUCUGCGGAGAGAUGACCCUAGUCCAGCACCAUGGGAAACGGGGGCAAAAAAAUAUAAUAUCGUGUACCCAGAUGGCUAUUUAGAAGCGGAAGCGGAAAAGAAAGCCUUGAAAGAAAAAGCAACGAAUAGUAAAAAAUCUUCAAAAAGAGUAAAACGUAACGAAAGUUCUUCAUCAGAAACAGAUUCGUCUCCAGUAGUGAAAAAACGGAAAGUACAAAAAACACCUCAGAAUGGUAAAGUCCGUAAAAAACAAAGCUUGUCAGACAGCAGUGAGUCCUCAUCUGAAAUUGAAAAAUCUACAAGCAAAGACACGAACCCGAAAAAAGAGAAUAGAAAAUCUGUAAUACCGAGCAUAUUUACGAAAAGUCCAAAGAACAAAAAAGUAAAAGCGGAAGAACCGCUUAGUGGAGAGGAAAAGGACAGUGUGAUGGCUGACACCCUCAAUUCAAAAUUAUGGGGCGACUGUUUAGACGUCUGUGAGAAGCAAGGAAAGAAGGAAUUCAUAGAGCAUGUGACUCAAGUGUUCCUUUGCAUCAUCUGUCAAGAUGUGGCUGUAAACCCGGUCACUACACCAUGCUCUCAUAACUUUUGUAUUGGCUGUCUGAAGCUAGCGUUCAAGUCGUCGGAUUCCCAGGGCUGCCCAUGUUGUAGACAAAGUCUCGCUAAAAUGGAAGUACAAGUGAACGAACAACUAAAGAAAGCCUUGCAAACCAUACUAAAAGGAUAUGAUGCCGGCAAGAAAUAAUUAACAAAUAGUGCUCAAGGAAUUAACACUUUUUAGAGAGAAAAAAGUAUACGAGCAGUUCUGAGCUUGAUGAGAAAAAAAACAAUUUGUACAUAGCAAUUGUAGACAGUCUGGAAAGAAACAUCGUAGUAAAUAUUGAUUCAAAAUAAGUACUACCUUCACCACAGAGUACGUCCCUGUUGAUGUGAAAAUAAUACAACCACUAAAAAAUGCACCUUAAAAUUUUGGUACAAAUAAUGAACUAUCCAAAGGUCUUAAGUAGAAUUUCAUAUAAUCUAUAUUAUUUAAAUUAGAUUUCGUAGUAAACCAUUUUAAAUAUAAGUUAAUUUUUAACACAAUUUUUCUGCCUUGGCUACUUACAAUGUAUUCUAAGCAAACUUAAGGGAAAGUUUUUACAAAGACACGAAAACGGGUAACGUUGAUAGAUAUAAGAAUUUAUUUUAAAUAGUGGUUAAAUAUAGUAAAGUAUUACUUACAUUCUUAUUAUGAACAGACUUCUUGUUACAAAUUCGUCUCUUUUAGAAUGUCUAAAUAUUAUGGCUUAUUAAUUUUAGAUAUGAAUAAAUCUAUCCUCUGGGAUAACAUUUUAAUAACCCACGAAAUUUUAACAUACUUUCAAAACAAGUAGCUUAUGUAAAAAAUCAGUAUGUUAAUAUAAUGUAAACUCGAUCAUACAGCCGAUAUACUCAUAACUUCGGAUUAUUAACACUAUUGAUUUUUAAUAAUCAUAAUUUUUUUUAAUAUAAAAAAUGUUUUUAUAAUGAUGAUACAAUGUUUUUAAUUAAGUUUGUUUCCACUAUUAAGAAAAAAAAUACUAGUAUUAAUGCUAAAAAAUUCAUAAAAAUAAUUAUGUUAAGUAUAAUUUUAAUUUUAUGAUGAUUUUCCUAUGUACUUUAAAAUGAGUUCCAAAAAUAUAUAUAGCUUGUCAACGUGUUAUUUUGAAGGCAUUACAACUUAUAUGAGUACUGUUAGGUGUUAAUUUGUAAGAUUUUAAUUUUUUGAUAUAACUGUUUUAAUAGGAUUACGUAAUACAUAAGAAAUAACACUUAAAAUUUCAAUAGUCGCCGAUUUUAAUUUUUAAAACGUUCUCCACUUCGUUAGUUGUUUAUAAUAUCUAUGUAAUAAUAUGGUAAUAAUUAACAAUUUCUUUUUAAUUACACUUUGUGUUCGAAAUGCAAUGUAUUGUUGGUUUAAAUAAUAAAUAAUUUGUUUUUCAUUUUA